AUUCCGUAUCAAUCUUCUCCCAAUCCUCUAAACCCUCUUCCAAAAAAAAAAAGAAAAGAAAAAAGAAAUCUCUAAACCCUACUACCUCGUGGAAGAACGAAUCCCCCACGCUCGCCGCGAUGCGAACGCCGCCGCCUCUUCCCCCGUCGCCGGCGCCGCCUCCCUUCCUCCAAGCCCUAGAUCCGCGGCAGCAGGUACACCCCAUUCACUCCUCUCGCCGCCGCCGCCGCUAGUGUGGAGGAAGAAGUGCAUGCGGCGGAGAACAUUUACGGUUCUCUGCCUUCUCUCCCUGCAAGAUCCGCCGCCACUUCCUUCUCCGUCCGGCCACCUCGUGUCUUCCGGAUCCAGAUCUGAGGACUGAAGACUACUGCCAGUUUCAGGGAGGAUUUCUACUCAGUGGAAGCUUGUGUUGUAGCUGGUCUUUUGAUGAAUCUAUUGGUCUCAAAUACAUUGUAGAAUAGUAUUUGUUGGUUCGUUGAACUCAAUGGGUUCUUUGCCGUCCAAAGCCACUGGUGAGGAUGCCCUAGUUCUAUGCAAGGAGCGAAUGCGCCAUAUCAAGCGAGCUAUUGAUUCAAGAGAUGCACUGUCGGCAUCCCACCUAUCAUAUACUCAGUCCCUCCGUAGUGUGGGUACUGCAUUGCGGCGUUAUGCGGAGUCUGAGAUCUCAACAGAAUCAUCACUGUCCAUUUCAGAAGCAGAUAAGUCACCAUCACAUUCCUCUAUGGCUUCUCCAUCGCCUUCUCAAGCAUUAGAGAGCACUGGUUCCCCAGUACAUCGAGGUAGUCAGCUGACUCCUCCCUCAACAAAGAUCCAUUACAUGAAAGCAGCAGGAACAAAACCUUUAACAAUCACUAUUGAUCCAUCUGCUGCUGACUUUGUGGGGCAAGAAUCCCCAGUCUCUACCUUUGUGCCGCCACCACCACCAUUGCCCCCUGAAUUAUGUACCUCAUGGGAUUUCUUCGAUUCCAAUUAUGCUUCUGGUAGUGCCACCUCAAAUAAUGAGAAUGGAGUGACAUUAAAUUUUAGUAGAUUGAAGGGUCUGAGAGAUUCAAGGGAAUCUGAAGCAGUCUCGCUGAGAGAAGAAGCAACAAACAGGUCUGAUGGAAUGCACCCAGAGCUUCCUGGUGAUAAUGCAGCACCUAAGCAGGAAGCCCAAGCAAAGAAAAGUGGGAUGAGUAAGCCAAGUGGAUCGGUUGAGGUUACAACUGAAGCUGCUACUUCUGGGCAAGUUGGAGAAAAGGUUGAGGAAGAUGACAUGGAGAAAGAAUUGUGCACAGAAGCAGAAGACCCUUCAGAGUUCAUCACUCAUAGAGCAAAAGAUUUUGUGUCAAGCAUGAAAGACAUUGAAAUCCGGUUUAUGCGUGCUGCAGAAGCUGGGAAUGAGGUUUCCAGAAUGCUUGAGACAAAGAAGAUCAGACUUGAUAUAUGUGCUAAGAUUCCAGGUUCUCCAGGCAAGCCACCUACUGCCCGAUUUGUGUCAGCACUUCGAGUCUGCUUCAAUCGUGAGAAUAUUCUCAACCAGGAAACUGCACAGCAUGUUUCAAAAGUUGUCACUUGGAAGCGUUCUGUAUCAUCUUUGUCCUCAUCAUCUAAGAGUCCACUUACAGCAGCAAUGAUUACCGAUGAUGUGGGUGAUAGUAACAGUGAUUUUGUUGAGCAAUUUGCCAUGGUAUCUGGAAGCCACUCGUCUACCUUGGAUAGGCUACAUGCAUGGGAGAGAAAACUACAUGAUGAAAUCAAGGCUAGUGAACAUGUUAGAAAGACUUAUGAUGAGAAAUGUAACCUUCUCCGGCACCAAUUUGCACGAGGUCUAAAUGCUCAACUGAUUGAUAAGACCAGAGCUAUUGUGAAGGAUCUUCAUUCCAGGGUGUCUGUUGCGAUCCAGGCUGUCGAUGCAAUAUCAAAAAGAAUAGAGAAGAUAAGGGAUGAAGAACUGCAGCCACAACUUGUCGAGCUGAUUCAAGGGUUAAUAAGAAUGUGGAAAACAAUGUUGGAAUGCCACCACAAACAAUUCAUCACAAUAUCACUGGCAUACCAUGUCAAGAGUGCGACCACGGUGCAGCAAGGUGAGCACCACCACAGGGCCGCAACGCAUCUCUGGAACGAGUUGGACUGCUUUUCGUCCAGCUUCAAGAUCUGGGUCACUGCUCACAAGUCCUACGUCGAGUCCCUCAACGCUUGGCUCCAGAAGUGUGUCCUGCAGCCAGCCCAGGACCGAUGGAGGCGCAAGCGCAAGGUCUCUUUCCCUCCCCGCCACGCGCUCUCCCCUCCGAUCUUCGUUCUCUGCAGAGACUGGCUCACCAUGAUGGAGUCACAGUCACUCCCCACAGAUGAGCUCUGCAAGUCUAUCAAAGAGGUGGUGCAGCUCCUGCGCGGUUCGUUCGACCACCAGGCUGAUCAUCAGAACAAAAUGACGACUGAAUCGCACUUGAGAAACGAGUCGCAGGAAUGUGGGAUGCUGGAGAAUAACGAGCAGGAGGUGAGUGGAAGCGUAGAAGCAGUGGAAGGGUUGCAGUCAAAGCUGACUACGGUUCUGGAUCGCCUGACAAAGUUCUCAGAGGCUUCACUGAAGCAUUACGAGGAGCUCAAGCAGAAUUAUGAGAUGGCUUGUGAUGACUACAAGACGGGUCGAUCAAAUGCACAUCUUGCUUAGUCUGAUGAUGCCCGUCAAGUGCCCAUUUUCAACCAUGUUACUGUAUUCUCCGUCAUAUUAGAUUCCCUGUGAUGGUUGCAGUUCAGCAUCAUUGAGCCAUCAUGCGUGAGUGCUUGAUAUUACUAAUCCAGUCCCGUUCAUGCUUAGCCGUCUGCCUGUUGAUGCCAAGAAGAACUUGUCUCUCUAGAUCUGAUUUUGCUUCAUCUGUAAAUUGUGUAGGCAUGUAAAAAUUCAGGAUGUAAAACAGUGGUUCUGUUUCGUGGAAUUUGAGUUGUAUCAGUUAUGAUGACAUUACUUGCUUGUCCUUUUGUGCAGUAUCAGGUCUGUUGCUUGCUAAAAUCAUAUGACCAAAAUAUGCAAGUUUUCAUAUCAAAGAAUUCAGAGCUUAGAGAGUAAUUGCAACUGCAUGACAUUCAGAAGGAACAGAGAUGACUUGGCUGCAGUCAAACCUCUUCUCAGGUAUGUAGCAGGGGACUCCGAACCUGCUGAUGUCAAGGGAUAUUGUUCCAGUUUUCUUGCUGAGCUGAAGAAUGAGUAGGCAGGUAGUGAAUUUCGUGUCCGUCAGUCUGUGUUGGUACUACUUGGUAGUAGGUGUUCCAUUUACACUUUUUUGGCUUAAACUGAAUCCAAUUUUUCUGGCUUAAAUUUGAUGUUGAGAUCUGAAAUCUUGAUGCACAA